CGCAGGACCUUCUUCUAAAAGGAAACCGCUGAGAUCAACAGAGACAGAGAUCGAUGGCAGCGUACAGGUGGAAGAGCUUCUUCGACGACGAAGAUCGGCCGGAAAAGCCAAGGAGCUAUGGCGUCACCGAAAUGAGGUCUCCGCAUUACUCUCUCUUCUCCCGCCCCCUCCUCCAGGAUAUUUUUGAGUCUAUGGGGCAGUUUGUUGAUGGGCUGAAGUUUAGUGGAGGAUCUCAUAGUAUGAUGCCAAAGACAUACAUCAGAGACGUAAUUGACAUGGCACAUAAACACAAUGUAUAUGUUACCAGUGGUGAUUGUGCUGAAAACUUGCUUCGCAAAGGUCCUUCACAUCUUAAAGAAUACAUUGAGGAAUAUAAGCAGUUGGGAUUUGAUACCAUUGAACUCGAUGUUACAUCAUUAGAUAUUCCUGAGGAGACUCUUUUAAGAUAUGUGCGGUUGAUUAAGAGUGAUGGUCUUCGAGUUAAGCCUCAGUUUUCAGUCAAGUUUAACAAGUCGGAUGUGCCCUUGAGCAGCAAUAGAGCUUUUGGAGCUUAUGUUGUUCCAACGCCUCGAAGUUCAGACUAUGUUGAAGAUGUGGACCUCUUGGUUAGGAGGGCAGAGAGAUGCUUAGAAGCAGGGGCAGACAUGAUAAUGAUUGAUGCAGAUGACUUAUGCAGGCAUGCUGAUUCUGUCCGGGGAGAUUUGAUUGCAAAAAUCAUUGGUCGUCUUGGACUUGAAAAAACUAUGUUUGAAGCAUCAAGUCCUCAAACCUCCGAGUGGUUUGUGAAACAGUAUGGUCCCAAGGUGAACCUUUUUGUGGACCAUUCUCAAGUUAUGGAUCUAGAAUGCCUUAGGGGGCAAAACCUUGGUAAAAACCACACCUCCAUUCUGGGUUCAUCAUAUUACCUAUUCUGAUCUAGUGUUGGCAUGAAGAAUGAACCUCCCUGUGAGCAAUUGCUAUUUGCUUUGGUCUUUUAAAGUAACAAUAAUAAGUUUUACUUGUCUUGAUCUUUAGUAUCGUGUUUAUGCAUGUCAUAUCAUUCUGUUCACUGUAAAAAGUAAGGUGUUUCAUUACCGGCUUCUCUUGGAUAAACUGUUGUUGAUUUUAUGAGUCCACAAUAUGUAUUAUGUAUUCUUAAGUGAUGGGUGUAGGUGUCUUUGUCUCCUUGUAUUGAAUUUAUAUUUGCUGAGGAAGAAAUUGUUGUCCAGAUCCUUUACUAGAGCUGUAUUGUUAUCGUGGAAAUACAAAACCUUUUCAUGAA